ACUACUAAUAAAUAAAUAAUAUUAAAGUAUGAAUAAUUGAAUAUUAUUCGAAAUGUAAAACGGUUUUCCUUUCUCGUAUUCCCGCCGGCGAGGGUUGGCUUCUUGCUAUUCAAAGUUUCAAACUCAUCGUCGUUGGGGAGAGCAAAAACGAUGAGCGGCUGAUAGAAAGGGGGAAGACGGCGGCGAUUUGUUUUGUAGAAGUAAAGUCAAACGGAGAGGGGUUGAGAUGGAUUACAGUCUAGCAGCGUUGAAGUUGCUAUGCGCACAGCUGGAUAGCGCCAGAGAAGUCUCUUCCCGGAACGGCUUCACCCUCGGCGGCAUCCUCUUCCAACGCGCUUGGUUGCAGGGCGUUUUGGUGCUGGCCCCCAACGGUGACGCCGGCCCAUUUCUUUUAGACGAUGGUACCGGUGUCAUCGAGCUCUCCCUCUCCGGUGAUUUUCGUCUCCGGCCAUGGAGAGUUGGGAUGUAUGUAAUGGUAGUUGGAGGAUACGUUGCUCGGACCGGUGAGCCUCCCAUGGUUAAGGUUCAUAAGAUGGUCGACCUUUCAUCAUUCCCGGACCGAGAGGCAAUGUGGUAUCUUGAAGUUUUGGAGGCAUACAAACUGUUCUAUCAGCCUCUUAUUGAAGAAUUUACAUAAUUUCGAUAUACCAUAUACAAUUGAAGAGAAGCAGUAAUUGAGGUUGCCAUCUGACGUCCCGAAACUUGCCGUCUCAUGGAAAAUUCUCUCAAGACAAAGCUGCUUUAAUAGUGUUGUUUAUAUGAGACUGUGGUUGUCCUUAUUAAUGAUAACUACCACCGUUUUCUGAAUUUUGCGCAUUUGUGAAACCAAUCAAUAAUUUCUUCAAUGAUUCUCCUAGGAAAGACUUCCAUUUAGCUU